CUUAGGCCUUUUUCUUGCUCCAAUCUGCUUCAAACAGUGAUGAGCGGUUAACGUUACCACGUAUGCUACAUACAGUCGUUCUUAAUGCUCUCACGUCCUUUUGUGGUUGGUUCGUGUUCUGAUGUUUCCAAGUUGAUGGGAAGAUUAGCGCUGCGCCGAUUUCCUUCCCGUCUCGUUUGUUUUCCCUGACUGACCUUAUCAGAUUCUGCUUCCGCUCCAUGUCGCUGUACUUGUACCGGUAUCUAUUGCGAUUUGCGUCAAUGGCUAAGUUCUCGCUUUCCCGGAUGCCAAGCAAAUGCGGUGAUCUGAGCAACUACAAAUAUCUCACAUCUCAUCAUCUUCAUGGAGCAAGAAUCCCCCAACUUCUAACAUGACCACAGAACUCAAGGCUAUUCGCAAAAAGCGGACUACCUCAGAAGCCGCCACCCCAGCUUCUGAGGGAGACCACCGCAAGCGUAGACGCAAUCGUACGACUCAGUCCUGCCUUAACUGUCACACAUCUAAGAGAAUGUGCGACCGGAAGCGUCCUUGUGGCCGUUGCACACAACUAGGUCUGACUGGCCUUUGUGUCUACGAAGUGGAUGAUCCUUCCCAACGAACCGAUGUUCAAGACGAGAGUUCGCGCCUUCGGCAACGAGUUGCCGAGCUCGAAGGAGUGAUACGCGAGUUAAAGAACAAGCCUCACCCUCGUUGGGUCCAGGCCGGUUCUACCCCAGAAGUAGAAUUUGAGAAGUGGCAUGCCCGCUCUCAGUCUCGUUCGGUUGCUGAGCAGACCGAACAUCAAAACGAGAUAAAAAGCACCUCUUCAUCCAACGUGUCUCCACCUCGCUCAGCUGGUUCAGAUUCAGGCCCUAGGGACGAGUCACGUCCCUCCCCCACACAUGCGCAUCCUACCUUGACAUUUUCUCAACCACCUCCCGACUUGACACACUCAUCACCAUCAUACUCUCCUUACUUCAGUGCCGUAUCAUCUCCCUUAAGCACACCAUCUCCUUCUCUAAUGACGCCGACUGAUGAGUACGCGCGAACUCAGGUUCUCAUUGCGGGUGAGCAACCGCUCACCGGAGAAUUCGACUUUACUUCUAUCUUCAUGUCCUAUCCUGGUUUGAUAGGGUGUGAAGAUAGCCUGGGACACAACGCUCUUGGAGGCGAUGCUAUUAACGAUCAUCUUGACGACACCUGCAUGUCUAAACACCGUUACGAUGCUCCCGCAGACGGUCAUUGUGGCUGUUUGACUGAAGGAUCGAGCUACAAUGUAGUGCUCGAGCUUUCUCUGCGCUUGCGUAAAGCUGCGGACAUUCUGAACCGAUCAGCGUAUCACCAUCUUGGAUCUGGUAAUUGUGCCCUUAAUCAACGUGUUAUGGAACUUGACACUCUUGCUACGACGACACUAGGCAAUAUUGCUACAUCGCCUAACGAUAUGAAUCAAAUAUCCCCUCAACAACGUCCGCUCUCCCAUAAAUGCAUUCCACCAUCGUCUACUUUUAGUACAGCAUCGGGCCGCACUAUACCUACCUCGACAGUCUCUCCACAGACUCUGCAAGGAAUUCGCUCCUGGGACAUUAUGUCAUCUGUGUCGGAUUCAUCCUCUGCUUGUGAAGACUCUUUCAUGUCAUGGGAGCCUUCACGACGUGGCUGACUUGGAGGAAUGAUUUUUCUUGUUGUAGGCUUUAGACUGCAGUUACAUUAUUUGAUCUGUUCAUUUUCUUGGUUGUGUUCCUCUGCGUGUAAAAUUGUGACCGCUUCCUACGUACUGUGUGGAUUGGUAGUAAUGGGCAUUGUACAAAAUACUGACGAGCAAUACGAUCUCUGGAAUUCCUC